GAAAAUUACAUUUUGAUUUGACAGAUGACGACGUAAAAUAAUAGACAAAAAUUUUGCAAAAAAAAAAAAAAAAACAACACACGGAAUAUCAAAAUUUUAAAGAAAUUUAAUUGAAGAAGGAAAAUUAUAUUUGCUGCUUUUGUUAACAUAAAAUUUUGUCUAAACAACGCAUAGUCAUCAAAAUUACAAUAAACUUCAACGUGAUUAUCUACAUAUAAGUGGGAGCAUCACAUUUCUGAAACUUCGCUUGUAUUUAAACAGUCAAUUUUUUGAGAAAGUCAGCUGAAAGAAAAAACGAUGGUGAAACUAUUUGCACUGAGUAUUUUUUACAAAGGUUCUGCGGAAGCUCGUCUAUUAAAAUCUACUUACGAUUUACAGUCAUUUUCAUUCUUUCAACGGGGCACAGUUCAAGAGUUCAUGACUUUUGCAUCAAAAACCAUUGUGGAGCGUACACAACCUGCCAUGCGACAGUCAGUUAAGCAAGAGGCCUAUAUGUGUCAUGUGUACGUACGAGCAGACAAUUUGUCUAGCGUAUUAAUUGCUGAUCAUGAGUAUCCGCAGCGUGUUGCUCAUACGCUCAUAACAAAAAUCUUAGAUGAGUUUAGUGCGAAAAUUAUUGCGGACCGUUGGGAAACGGGGUCGGAUGGAACUAUUGAUUUCAAUACUUUGCCUGCAUAUUUGGCCAAAUAUCAGGAUCCAAAAGAGGCAGAUGCGUUGACUAAAAUGCAAAACGAUUUAGAUGAAACUAAGAUUAUACUAAAGAAUACAAUUGAAGCAGUGCUUGAGCGUGGCGAAAAGCUAGAUGACAUGGUAAUUAAAUCAGAAAACCUUUCAAUGCAAAGUAAAGCAUUUUACAAGACAGCCAAAAAGACAAAUUCAUGUUGCAAUUUUAGUUAAAUGAUUUAGAUGAGCUGAAAUACAUACAAAUACGAAUUUUCGCGGGUGUAAAAAUGAUUAUUUUUUUUUUUAUUAAUAUUUGAAAACGUAUGUAUACUUGCUUUUUUUUAUUUAAACUGUAAAUGCUCCGAGCGCUGCUUUUUUGUUGAAACCAUAACAAUAAUAGAAUUUGUUAAGGAGAAAUUAGUUGAAGAGAGACACAAAGUAAAGCGAAAUUAUGUGAGCGAAUGAUAAGAGAAAAGAGUUUACAAGUAAAAGCAAUUCACAAAUUAAUCCCAUUCCAAAUUAUUGAGUUUUUUUUUUAUCAAUUUAUUAUUUUGUUAUGAAAAAUGCGAAGAAAGAAGUUGGAGAAAUGCAAACACUCAUAUAUCGAGUGACACUAAAAAUGUUGAGUAUAUUGUCCAAAUAUUAUUUGUUCAUAUACAUAUGUAUUUAUAUUGCAUGUUUCUUUAUAAGAUAAUUGAUGAGAUUUUAGGUAACAACAUAUAUCUAUAAAAAUUUAAACAAAUGUUAGUAUGUAUAUACUUUUGGUUAAAUAAAAUAGGCGAAGUCAAGUUGAACCACCUGCACUGCAAACACAUGCGUUUUCACAAAAGGCUUAAAAAUUCCGGAAAGUAUUUUAUGAAAUAAACAAAAAUAAUGAUGCAGAGAAGUUUAGGGAAGAUGACCUAGUUGAUUUUUACGCACCGGUAAUACACUAUGUACAAAAUUGAGCUGAGUUCGCCUUGAACAUUAUGUAGAACAUCUCACAUAGAAGACAAAAUGCAGAAAAACUGAACUGCCUACUUUUGCAUUCAUACUUUAUACACAUGUAAUAAUUAUAAAAAAGUUUUGUACUUGAAUAUAUUUUUAUUGAAACAGUAUUGCACAUUUUUAGAAAAAAAAUAUUUGUUUACAGAUUUAUAUAAUAUGAAAGAAUAGCAAGGAAUAGCAAUUAAAAAAGGAACGAAAUGAAUUCUAUCGAAUAAAUAAAUAUAAAACUAUUGGAAAGUGUGA